AUGCCACCACGCAAGGCAGCUUCCUCAAGAGCUGAUGCCUCGACCGAGCGAACUAUAUCCAAGAGAGUUCUAUGGACCAAAGAUGCGGUGGGCGACGGAAAAUCCAGCAUGGAUGCUGUGAUUGCGUGGAUGUCUGUGGAGACAAACUGCGUGCGCUGGAAAGGCGGCGACAAGCACAGCGGUUCGACCAAGGCCUCUCUGGCCUCCGAGGUUGUGGAACGGCUCAAGACCAACGGAAUCCACCAUCGUACAACCAAGGACGUCGUCCAGAAGAUUGGCGAUAUCGAGCGAUCGUAUCGUUCUGCCUGCGAUUGGCUCGCCAACACUGGGCAGGGCAUCGUCGACGAGGACAGCAUCCCAAAGGAGGUACAACGGCUUUGUCCAUACUACUAUGUGCUGGACGAAGUGAUGCGGGAUCGUGCAUCGACGGCACCACUCGUAACAAGUGACAACCUGCAAGACGGUAAUUCGAGCGAUGAAGACGUUCCUCCGACUCCAGUCAAUGCGCCCAAUUCAGCCAAGAAGAGAACGGCGGCAGCGGCGAAGAUGGAUGACUGGAGCGAGAUCAGUGCGCGUGCGUAUGCGCUGAAGAAGGAACAGCUGGAGUUUACCCGUGAUGUGGAGAAGCAGAAGCUAGAAGUGGACAAGCAACGCGAGGCCAGAUUGACCGAGGAAACCAAACUCAAUGUUCGGCUUUUGACGAUCCAAGCCGAGGAAGCGCAUUGGAAGUUCGAGCUUGAGCGUGAAACUGCAGAAGUUGAUGCACGCAUUAGAAAGAUCCAAACAAGAAAGGAUCUAAAAGAACGGGGGUGGAGUGAUGUGGACAUCAAUUUAGCAUGUCCAAUGUAA